AUGCAGGAAAUCAAAAGGAUAAAGCGUGACCCUGUUCCGCAGUUUAAUAAGAAGAGUAACGAAGAUCAGUUUAAAGCCAAUAAGGCUGUAACUGAAACCGUGGAAGACGCUCAGGCAGCUUUGAGGACGAAAGACCUGGAGAAAAUGAAGGAAGCUUUAGACAGAGGUAUGGCUCUUCAUCAGGAACGUCAAAAGCUCAUAUUGCUCGCUGACAAGUCGCCGUACGGCUGGAAGACAGUGUUGGAAUACAAACACCAUGACCUAGCAGAUGAUGAAGAGGAUGAGAAGAAGAUUUAUAGAGCGGAAUCAAGGGCAGCCAGGGCGGUUAAGCUCUCCGCUUAA